CAAUAAUUUAAUAAUUAGAUUUAAACUCUAAAAUAAUCCGAUUUUCUUUCGUUAUUUUUCAAAGUAAAAAUCGUUUUUAAAUCGUUUGAAUCUGCGGCUCCGUGUCUCUGCACAUGUCCUUCCGUCCGCUGGAGGGAGGAUUCUUCUCAUCAAACACCGACCUCAGGUCAGAUUAAACCUUCAUGUCGUGUCUCUGAUUCGGAGUCUAAGUCACAGUGUGUGUCUGCAGGUCGCAGGGCGGGAGUCUGAGAGACCGUAUUCACAACGAAACCCGAGACUCUGAUUCUGAAACAUGGCGGCGGUCCAGGUGUCUGAGUCCGACCAGAUCAAACAGUUCAAAGAGUUUCUGGGAACCUACAACAAGGUGACGGAGAACUGCUUCAUGGACUGUGUCAAAGAUUUCACCACCAGAGAAGUGAAGGCAGAGGAGUCCAGCUGUUCCGAGUCCUGUCUGCAGAAGUACCUGAAGAUGACGCAGCGGAUCUCCAUGAGGUUUCAGGAGUACCACAUCCAGCAGAAUGAGGCCCUGGCUGCUAAAGCCGGACUGCUGGGUCAACCUCGCUGAACCUGGACUGAACUGGACUGAUAACAUGAACCCCCCCCCCACGCCAGGGGCUGAGUGGAUCCUGGUCCAGCAGGUCUGGUGUCACUGUGUGAGACGAACAGAGUCUGAGCUGCAGCGGUCUUCAGUCUGAGUGAAAACAGCUGAGCUGCUGUGUCAAAGCAUCAUGGGAGAUGUAGUGUAAAAACAGUGGAUUUGUCCUUUAGUGUUUGUUUGCUGAUGUUGAAGUAAUUUUUUAAUUAAACAUCAUGACGUCUGCAAA